AUGGAGAUGAUGUGGCUGUACGUGGUGCUGAUCCCCACGCAGCACGUCCUUGCCGUGACCUGGCUGUACCUGGCCAAGCAGCCUUCUCUGCGGGCACUCCUCCAGGACCCUGGGGGCUGCGAAGGUCUGACGGGGCUGGUAGAAGAGCAGGUCCGCGUUUGCCGGCGGCAAGUGGAAGCCAUGGAUGCUGUGAAGCGAGGUGCGGAGCUGGCUGUCGAGGAGUGCCAGCACCAGUUUCACUCUCGUCGGUGGAACUGCUCCACCCUGCAGGGGCUGCAGGUCUUUGGCAAGAUCGCCAUCCAAGGCACGCGGGAGUCUGCUUUCAUCCAUGCCAUCUCUGCUGCUGGUGUUGCCUUUGCUGUGACUCGUGCCUGCAGCCGCGGGGAGCUGGAGAAGUGUGGCUGCGACCGCAAGAUACGAGGAAUCAGCCCUGAAGGUUUCCAAUGGUCGGGCUGCUCUGAUAACUUGUCUUAUGGGAUUGCCUUUUCUCAAGCCUUCGUAGACAACCCUGAGAGGAGCCGUGGCGUCUCCUCCAGCCGAGUGCUCAUGAACCUGCACAACAACGAGGCUGGGAGGAAGGCUCUCCUGGCCCACAUGAAGGUGGAGUGCAAGUGCCACGGUGUGUCGGGCUCCUGCGAGGUGCGCACGUGCUGGAAGGUCAUGCCUCCCUUCCGCAAGGUGGGUAACGUCCUCAAGGAAAAGUUUGAGGGGGCGACGGAGGUUCACCCCAAGCGGGUGGGUUCCCGCAAGCUCCUGGUGCCCAAGAGCUCUCGCUUCAAGCCCUACACGGCUCAUGACCUGGUCUACCUCUUGGCCAGCCCAGACUUCUGUGACCGGGACCCCCGGCGCGGGGUGUUCGGCACCUCCGGCCGCCAGUGCAACCGGACAUCCCCAGCCAUGGAUGGCUGCGAGCUCCUGUGCUGCGGCAGGGGCUUCCACACAGCCCAGGCAGAGGUGGUAGAGCGGUGCAGCUGCAAAUUUCGCUGGUGCUGCUCCGUCAAGUGCAAGCAGUGCCGGCACCUGGUGGAGGUGCACAACUGCCGCUGA